GAAGCGCUCCAGAAUGCCGCCGAGUGCACGCGCUGAGUGACCGCCCUCUCUCUCUCUCUCUCUCUCUCUCUAUCACACACACUCCCUCCCUCACUCCCUGUGGACGCUGCGAUGAAUCUGGAUGGAGCACGAUGCCACGACGGAGGCCAUAGAUAAGUAGCUCCAGCCGAAAGCAUCGCGUCCGAGCCCGAUGUGAGAGCCACGUGUCUACGUAAUGGGAUUCCAGUCUCUGGUCUCGACCCACACUCCCGCUUCCUGCUCAGGCGCGCGGGUUCCACACUGCGCGGGCACGUUCGCGCCGGACGCGCUCCACUUUCGGAAAGGGGCUACCGGUGCUCCCGAGGCAGUUUAAUAUAGGCUGAGGAAAAGGCACGAAGGGGUUUGCUCUGAUAAAGGACUGGCAAAGACUGAAGUUUUUGAGGGAUAACUGGAAUCCCGCAGCUUCUGGAAAUGUUUGACUGAAACGGGGGGAUAGAAACACUGGCGAUGUGCUUAGUUGGGGGUUACCGUUGCGGUCCUCUUAACCGAAGGCACGCGCCCUCGCCUGGCUUCUGACGCCGCGCAGACCAGAUCCCACCCUUAACCAGGGAGCGCCGAACUAAUAUGCAAUGUAAUUUUGUGCUGAAAGCCCUCGCGUCGCACCGUGAUCAGGCCACACACCCACCCCCGCGCGACAAAUGCGAUCGAAAAAGUCUAUUCGGGUUACGGACAAGCCGGGCAGGCUCCGCCGCUGUUAACGAGUCGGAUGUGAACCCAAGCGCCGUCCUAAAGUGGCACGCAAUAUUUCUGCACUUGAAUGAAGACGCAGACGAGCCGGGGCAUCACACGGCGAUUUCUAUGGUACAAGUAGCAUUCUCGUGCGACAGAACUGAUCCGGCAGGGCUAUUAUGCAAUCGCAAAGAGCCCUUCCCUAUGAGGGUGCCUAGGCUGCUGGACUGCUCUUCGCCCAAAUCAAUGUGGUUUCUUUGGAACAUUUUCAGCAAAGGAUCGCAUAUGCUGCAGUGUCUUUGUGGCAAGAGUCUUAAGAAAAACAAGAACCCAAGUGAUCCCCAGCUCAAGGGCAUUGUAACCAGGUUAUAUUGCAGGCAAGGUUACUACUUGCAGAUGAGCCCAGAUGGAUGUUUGGAUGGGACCAAAGAUGACAGCACUAACUCCUCACUGUUCAACCUCAUCCCAGUGGGCCUUCGAAUCGUUGCUAUCCAGUCUGUGAAGACAGGUUUAUACAUUGCUAUGAAUGCAGAGGGCCAUCUGUACACAUCAGAGCUUUUCACACCAGAAUGCAAGUUCAAAGAGUCGGUUUUUGAGAACUACUACGUCAUUUAUUCAUCCAUGCUCUACAGACAGCAGGAGUCAGGACGAGCCUGGUUCCUGGGCCUGAAUAAAGAGGGCCAGCCUAUGAAGGGGAACCGCGUGAAAAAGACAAAACCAGCUGCACACUUUCUACCCAAGCCCAUAGAAGUCGCCAUGUAUCGAGAGCCCUCCUUGCAUGAUGUUGGUGAAACAGUUCCAAAGGCUGGAGUUCCUCCCAGCAAAAGCACAGAGCCAGUGGUCAUGAAUGGUGGCAAGCCUGUCAGCAAGCCUGACAAGGAGACAUAGCCCUAUUUCCCUUCCCCUCCCCUUUUGGAGGGACUCUCUACAUGUGCUACUUUUUAAAAAAGAAUAAUGCACACAUUUGGCUUGGGAAAGGGAAAAAAAUGAAGAAAAAUCUCUCUCCUGUAGAGCUGGUCCACUGGAACAAAUGAAUCAAGGGGUGGUUAUGGUCAAAGGACAAGAUUAUAUUGGUGGCUAUGGUCAAAGGACAAGAUUAUAUUGCUCAAAAAGAAAAGUAGAGCUCUGACUGUGGAGGGAAAGGGGGAAACUGUAUGCUCAGCAUUGAGAGACUGUCAUUGGAUUGUCCUAUGGGAUAUGGAACGUCUUUUCAAAAGUCCCUUUUCUUUCAGUUCUGCCUUUAUUCCUGUGACAAUCCUCUGUGAAAAUGCCAUAUUUUCAUGCCUUGUCUGGUAGCUUUGCCUGACGAAAGCUACCCACGGUUUUUCAGUUGGACCUUUCAUGUUACUGUGGUUUUGCAGAACACCACAGUGCACCAGCAUUUGUCUUGAUUGAUCGCUGUACAGAUGCUAAAUAAAUCUCUUAUUGUUACUGUCGUUUUUUUUCUGUUUGUUUGUUUGUUUUUCUUGGUCCAUUUAUUUAUUUGUUCUUUUCUAUAACAUUUUUCCAUUUAGACUGUCAGGAUUGGUGCACAUAAAAGAAAUGGAGACAAUAUGAAGAAACAAGCUACAUCAUGUAAAAUAGAUGUGUUUAAGAUACAGUAAAAUGGUAGAGACAGUGUGGAGUUGCCAAAUUAGUUAGAGACCUGGUGCUUGGGUUAAUUUCUUCCUUUUAGUUAUUAUCGCUCAUAAGAACGACUGAUAGUAUAGCACUGAAUUGCACUAGGUUUUAAUCUGUGAACAGUUAAGAGAUAUGGCAUUGAUAAUCAUGCCUCUGGGCAUUCAGGGUGGACAUAAUCCCUCACAGGGGAAGAGUAUACAUAUCACAAAUACCCUCGAUAUGCCUCAGCUCACUUCCCUGACUGUCAGAUAACAGCUUUUUAAAAAGUUUGUUGUCAAUAUAGUUAUGAAUUUUGUUGUCAACAAACUUAUCAGCCUCUGUUUUUUUGAAUUCAUCAAUUUAUCUGACUUUAGUACAAGCCCUGAAGCCCACUGACCAAUGACAGCAACUGUUCAUGAAUGAUGAUGUGAAUGUUGAUGCCUGAGUGGAUGCUGAUGCUGUCACACAGGUCAUGGUUGCAUUAUAAAAUGGUCAGAUGUAUUGUUAUUCCCUUUGCCUUUUAUAGUAGCAAAAGUGGUAUGCUGUUGGUAUGUAGGUGGAUGAAAUGCUAUGUUUAUUAUUAUUAUUAUCAUCAUGCAUUUUUUUUUCUUCUUAGGAUUAAAAUCAUGCCUGAAUACACACUGUUUCCAAUUAGCAAUUAAUUUAUCAUUCCACUCAUGAAAGGAGGUGAUCAUGUACCAUAUGGGAAAAGAACCAUCUUUAAUUAAGUAUUUGUGUUGUUUUGUCUAGCUUUUCCACUGAUGAGGAUUCUUUUAUGGAGUUUAAUGUAAUGCAAAAGGAUAUGAAAAUAUCACUGUGCAUCAGUAAAUGCUGUUUAUAAGACCUAGACAUUUACAGAAUAUUGAACAUUAACUGCUUAACUGCAAAUAUGUUAUAAUCUGCCAUAAAUGAUUUUUUAUUCAGACGCAAAUUAUAUAUAAAAUAUAUAUAUAUAAUUUCAUUAGCUACAUGUUUGUCAAGAAAAUCGCAAAAUGCCUUCCCAUUUAUUUGUUUUAUGAUAAUUGUUAUAUAUGUAUAUAUUCACGGAUGCUGCCAUGCUAAUCUUAAAUGAUUUCCAACAAGACUGCUGUUUCUAAACACAAACAAUAAUAAACGUGUUAUUUUGCAUACAUUUAUCAACUGUUUAAUUAAUGCAGUCCAAAAAGUAAGGUUUGUCCAAAAGUAUACAUUUUUCUCUCAGAAAAUUUAACGUCACCCAGAAAAAUGACUGAAAAUUGCACUAUUUCAGUCUAGCAUUUGUUUUUCAUUUGCAAGUCCUUCACCUGUAUGCUUUGAAAGUCUGCUUUGUGUUUCUCCGGGCUCCCGAACCGUACAUUUUGCCCUGCCGACCAGUUGUAACUGGUUCUAUAGAAGACUGGAUUUAUUUUUGUAAAAUUCAAGGUGUAAAAAUCAUUGUUUCUCAUUGAUAUAACUUCCUGUAAUGUACCUCACAUCGUUUUCCAUUUGUACUUGUAUGUUCCCUUGUUGCCGUAGACAUACGUUUUACGUCGACGUUUAAUCUUGAGGAUAACUUUUCUUUGUUUGUCCUUUGUAUGUGUUGAGAAUAUUAACGGCAGGACUGUACAUGUUUUUUUUUUCCUCCUGAGAGCUCUUUCCUUUUCUGAGGUUUUCUUCCUUGAUUCACCAUAUGUUUCACCUAUUGCAUGGUAAUAAAGGGGGAAGACUGAAGACCUGCAUGUUGUAGGCUAUGUGUAUCAAGACAGUGAUUAAAAUGUUGUUGAUAUGUACCACUAAACUUUACAUACGUUACAUAUAUGCAAAGAGUCUGCAGUGUACAGUUUGUCAAUCCAUUGUAUACACAGAGAUAACAUAUUGAAUAAAACAUUUAUAUGAAUUCACAAA